AUGGCAGCUGCUUUUACGAAGAAAGAAACAAGUUUUGCAAACCAGAAUGUCGAAACAGCCGUGCCACAUCUGCCACUCGACGCAGUUGGGCGACGAGGCAACGAGAGCUCGAUAAACAAACGGCUGAUAGAGUACUUCACACCUCGUCUGACGCAUGAUACGGAUUGGCAAGUCCUGGCUUCUCAGUCGAUCAACAGCACACUGAAGUUGGAGACCACCGCUUGCGACCCUGUAACUGCGCGCCUGGCGGAUCAAAACGAUGUCUCAUUGUACUUUCACCUGUGCGCUGUACAACUUGCCAAAGAACUCGGAAUCAACAAGCCCUCCACUAUUGUUGAGCUUGUCAAAGCUUUGGCCCCCGACGACACUGUUGAGAUGAGAGAGCGAUUCUCACGCAAUCUUGAAAGAACCUGGCUAUACGUGUUCAUAGCUGACAAGAGCUUCGGUAUCGUCAUGGGCCGCUCCCCGAUUGUGGCUUGGAAAGAGCUCCCGCCUUGUCCAUGUCAGUGGUGGCGAAAGUCGAUGACAACAUCUCUUGAUCGUAUGAUUAGUGGUAUCAUUGAGAUUAGGGUUCAGUUGCUGGAGUCCUUAAAGCAGUUGGAGCGUAUGAAGAAGACCACUGCGUCUAUCUCGAAUUGGCAUGCAAAGAACUAUGAUGUUCUUGAUCGAACGUGCAAAAUCAGGUGCUACGAAAAUGACGGGUCGUCCACACCGACGUUGCCUAUCCUAGCUUUCUACAUGAAACACAGUCUCAUGAUCCUCAACGCGCAGGCUGCAAGGGAGUUAAAGAGACUCGGGGGGGCAAUAGCCUCGACUAUUGCCUCGGUCGAUAGCAAGGCGUUUGAAACCGCACAUCAACUUCUAGAUCUGGUUUUACAUGAUCAAACGGUCAUCGACAUUGGAUUGGGGUGGCACAACAACCAGUUUGUAAUGGUUGCCCACGCCAUGACUGAGAUUGCCCAAGCUUUGAGUCGAGGAAGUCUAUCUUCUGUAGAUCACGGAGCUGCGGCAUCCCAGAUCCGGGCCAUCUCUACAUGGCUUGAAGAGAAAGCGCAGUCGCUUCCAGCUACAUCUAUAGCUAGUCUCUACUCCGGUUUCUCUCAGAUACUGGUUUCCGAGCUAGAUGGAGAGACCAGCAACGACACGCAGAGAAGGCAAAAUUACACUUCUUACGAGACUCCAGACAGUUUCAUGACCGACUGGUCACGGGCUGUUGACAUCACCUCUCUGAACCCAAUGGAUUGGCUUGAUAUGAGUUUUCUAGGCAACGAAGACUCGUUUGUUGGCCUCGAGAAUGUGGACUUCAACGACCUCGACGAUGAUGGUGCUCUCCGGUUCCCAUGA